GUCGUCCGUUUUAUGACAAACCAGUAUUUCAUAGUCCGUUACAUAAGGAAUGCUUGAUUUGUCAUGAAAAUAAACGGUAAAGGGCAGUGGAGAUUAUUCUUGUCCAAAUAUUCUUCCCCGUUGAGUGAUGACAAGAAGCGUAUGCCGCUUGAGCCGUGGGGGUGGGGGGGCUGCUGCCAUUGACGAUACAGCCUUGCCUAAAAUGGGAGCGCGACGAAGCGAUGACAAUCGAACGGUAUCAAAGUGGGAACCAGGGCUCUGGUGCUGAGGAGAACGGAACAUCAUCACCGACCAAAACACUGCAGCCUUCAGCAUCUCAACCGAACCCGCCCCCAAACAAAGGAAAGAUGGCCAUUUCAAGAAGAAAACGGACUGACAGAAAAGGGGACCUGUGAGACAUCGGGUGGAAACGGUGAAGGCUGUGAGAGCUACAGUCACGCAUGUUGUCUCCCCCACCCUGCCAACUUCAGCAUGUCCACCUCUGAGGCGCCUGGUGUGAGCAGUAACUUCAGCACCGUGCCCUGGGACCCUGGUUCCUCUGGUCCUCCUGGCCCCACAGACUGGCCGUCGGUGGCCAACAGCGUGGUAAAGAUGGUGCUGAUCUCAGCCAUCGUGUGUGUGUCUCUGUUUGGUAACGUGGUGGUGUUGUUAGUGUUCCAGAGGAAGCCUCAGCUCCUCCACGUGGCCAACCGCUUCGUGCUCAACCUCCUCCUGGCAGACCUGCUCCAGACUGUGCUGGUCAUGCCCUUCGCCAUCGCUGCCACCGUGCCUGGUGUGUGGCCCCUGGAUGCCCGCUUCUGCCAGGCCCUGAUAGUGCUCAUGCACCUGUUUGCCUUCGCCGGGGUGAACACCAUCAUCGUGGUGUCGGUGGACCGUUAUCUGGCCAUCAUCCACCCGCUGUCCUACCCCACCCGCAUGACCCCUCAUCUGGGCACCAACCUCAUUGCCUGCACCUGGGUGUUGAGUCUGCUCCAGAGCACGCCGCCCCUCUAUGGCUGGGGAGCCAUAGAGUUUGACAGCAAGCAUAACAUGUGUUCUGUGGUGUGGUCCUCCAGCCUAUCCUACUCAGUACUGGUUGCCACCUGCUCCUUCUGGCUGCCGGUGCUCAUCAUGCUGGGCUGUUACUGGAUGGUGUUCAGGGCAGCUAGGAGGCAGAACGCCCUUGUGCACCCCAUCCAGACCCAGUCUAAGUCCCAGCCCAACCUGCCUCCGAAUCCCCAGGCCCCCUGCCCCGGCAGCCCCCAGCGCCCACCCCAACAGGCACCCCCACCCCUGGACUCCUUCUCAGCCGGGGGGUACCCCAUCCGGGGCAGGCACAGACGUUUCCACUACCACUGCAAGGCAGCCCGGGUGGUGUUUGUCAUCAUGGCCUCGUACAUCCUGAGCAUGGGACCAUACAGUGUUCUCAACACGGUCUCCAUUCGUUCCAGUGCUGCUGUGCCUCCAUGGCUAGCCUCCCUAGCCCUGGUGCUCUUCUUCUUGCAGUGCUGCCUCCACCCCUACAUCUACGGCUACAUGCACCGCAGCGUGAGGAAGGAGUUCCUGGCCCUGCUGUGUGGUCCGCUCUGCAGGCAGGGCCGUCCCUGCCACAACUCCGCCCAGGACAGCUGCUUCACCGUGACCGACGGACGCUCCACGCUCCCCAACCUGCCCACACGUGUCUGUCCCCUCCGCACCUGGGAGGAGGGAACCACCACAGAGGCUACCUCCUCCUCCCCCACCAUGGAUAGGAGGUCCAGGGACACCCGCAAAGAGACCACCAGCCUGAGCUCUGAGAGAGAGCUGACUGUCCACACCACUACCAAGUAGAACAGUCUACAGAGAAACAGCCUGGGAGAUGGGGUUGACUUGUCUUUCAUGUGGCUGUUUUCACCUCCAAUGAAGACAUCAUGGUUAUUCAGCAUGGUUCAACUUGAGCAGAUCUGCCUUCUAGUCUACAGGGUUAUCCAUUCUGACAUUGUCUGUUUGUUGUUAUUCAGGGUUGUUGUAUUUUUGAUGGCUAGAUUGACCUAGUAAUGCUUAUUUGCCAUAGACAUGGUUCCAGGAAAAUAAUUGCAACCUGAGUUGCAGUAUAUUCCUUGAAAAGCCAUUGUUGGUUCUCCUAUUGUUAGGUCAUGGUUGACGCGGAAUUGAAAAAUGCACAUCUACUGUUAUGUCUACGAGAGCACUAGACAAGGUCACCAAAGUGUAUUUAUUGAUCAUUUUGUGCAUUCAAAAAUAUGCUUUUAUAUAACAUUAGCCAUUGAGAAAUAUAAAGGGAAGGGGGAGUGUUUCUAGAGGGAAUCUCUGUCAAAGUGCCACGAAAUAGAUCACCUAUCAUAUCAACUUGAAAAUAUCAUGCCACAAAUGUAUUUGAUUUGAGUGUUGCAAAUGCUGCUACAGAACACAAUUUCCCCUUGGUGACAGCUUCUGCUUAUCUUAUGUGGAGAGCAUGAUUAGUGUAUUAACCAUUACCACUCACCCUGCCCAUGGUGUAUAACACCUGAUGUCAAGGAAGAGAUGGUUGAGUGGGCUCAACAUGACCACUGAUUCAUUAGUCUAGAUCACUACUUCAGCACCAGAAUCAUGCUGCCUUUCCCAAACAGCAUCUCAUCUAGCCAAUAUCCCCCAUUUAUCUGUGCCCUGUGAUUCAGCCAGUCUAUGCAGCCUGCCAGUGCAGCCAAUUAAUUCAGGGUGUUAUGGGGACGGUGGAGUGUCCAUGCCAGUCCGUAAAGCCUAUUGAGCAGGCUGAACCGUCUGGCUCCCUCUCAAAGCACCUCGUCAGAGAGCUGUGCAGUGUCUCAUUGACUGUUCCCCUCUACUACCAAGUGGAUGUGGCUCUACCAAGCCUUCUGAAGGCUACACUGUUCAUGUUUGCCUUAGCCAGUUUGGCCCUCUCAUCUCGAAGUUUCAAAAGGAGGCUGAGGAGCUCUCACAAACUUCCGUUACCUGAACGUGGAAAUGCUUCUUGGUAGGGCUCCACUGACCACAUCCGCUCACUUAGCCGCUUCUGUAUAGCGUAGAUACCAUAGAAGUAUUGGUGUUACUUUAUCUUUGCACUUUAUCAGCGCAUAGGGCAUGGAGGUCAGACUAUUAGUCGAUUUGAAACAGGUUACAGAGAACUGUAAACCCAGUACUAUAGCUAGAUUCAUGUUGAGACCUCUGAAAAUACUGAUGGUCUCAAACUUUCAAUAUAGUAAAUGUACAUACAGUGCAUUGGGAAAGUAUUGAGACCCCUUGACCUUCCACAUUUUGUUUCCUUACAGCCUUAUUCUGAAAUGGAUACAAUAUUUUUUUCCAUCAAUCUACACACAAUACCCAAAAAUGACAAAGCAAAAACUGGUUAUUAUUUACAUAACUAUUCCGAUCCCUUUGCUAUGAGACUCGAAAUUGAGAUUUGGUGCAUCCUGUUUCCAUUGAUCAUACUUGAGAUGUUUCUACAACUUGUUUGGAGUCCACCUGUGAUAAAUUCAAUUGAUUGGACAUGAUUUAGAAAGGCACGCAUCUGUCUAUAGAAGGUCCCACAGUUGACAGUGCAUGUCAGAGCAUAAAUUGAGCCAUGAGGUUGAAGGAACUGUCCGUAGAGCUCUGAGACAGAAUUGUGUCGAGGCACAGAUCUGAGAAAGAGUACCAAAAAAUGUCUGCAGCAUUGAAGAACAGAGUGGCCUCCAUCAUUCUUAAAUGGAAGAAGUUUGGAACCACCAAGAAUCUUCCUAGAGCUGGCCACCCGGCCAAACUGAGCAAACGGGAGAAGGGCCUUGGUCAGGGAGGUGACCAAGAACCCAAUGGUCACUCUAAAAGAGCUCCAGAGUUCCUCUGUGGAGAUGGGAGAAAGUCCCAGACGGACAACUAUCUCUGCGGCACUCCACCAAUCAGGCCUUUAUGGUAGAGUGGCCAGCCACUCCUCCGUAGAAGGCACACGACAGCCCACUUGGAGUUUGCCAAAAGGCACCUAAAGACUCUCAGACCAAGAGAAACAAGAUUCUCUGGCCUGAUGAAACCAAAAUUGAACUAUUUUGCCUGAAUGCCAAGAGCCACGUCUGCAGGAAACCUGCCACCAUCCCUAUGGUGAAGCACGGUGGUGACAGAAUCAUGCUGUUUGGGUGUUUUUCAGCAGCAUGGACCGGGAUACUAGUCAGGAUCAAGGUAAAGAUAAACAGAUCAAAGUACAGAGAGAUCCUUGAUGAAAACCUGCUCCAGCGCGCAGGACCUCAGACUGGGGCAAAGGUUCACCUUCCAACAGGACAAUGACCCGAAGCACACAGCCAAGACAGCGCAGGAGUAGCUUCAGGACAAGUCUCUGAAUGUCCUUGAGUGGCCCAGCCAGAGCUCGGACUUGAACCCAAUCUAACAUCUCCGGAGAGAGCUGAAAAUAGCUGUGCAGCGACGCUCCCCAUCCAACCUGACAGAGCUUUCGAGGAUCUGCAGAGAAAAAUGUGAGAAACUCCCCAAAUACAGGUGUGCCACGCUUGUAGCGUCAUACCCAAGAAGACUUGAGGCUGUAAUAGCUGACAAAGGUACUUCAACAAAGUACUGAGUAAAGGGUCUGAAUACAUAUGUAAAAUGUGAUUAGUUUAUGUUUAUACAUUUGCAAAAAAUUCUAAAAACCUGUUUUUACUUUCUCAUUGUGGGGUAUUGUGUGUAAAUUGAUGAAUAAAAAAAAAAAGCUAUUUUAGAAUAAGGAUGUAAUGUAACAAAAUGUGGAAAAGGUCAAGGGGUCUGAAUCCUUUCCGAAUGCUCUGUAAAUACAAAUGGGCACAUACCGAUUCGGUAUUCCUCAAAGGCAUGGAAUGAAUGAAGUCAGACCCAAUAAUAAUUAUUGGCACCCUUGAUAAAAGGCCGCCUGGAGUUUGAUAAACGUCAUUGGCACUUGGAUUGGAAUAGGUGCUUUGCCCAGAUGACAUGAAAAUAGAGCUCUGGCUACCCACACCAGUGGUGGGUUUGAUGUUGAAAAACAGAAGUAUAUGCAGAAAAGUAGCUCAUACCUUGGGUAAAAUAUGGUGGUGGAUCUUUGAUGUUAUGGCGCUAUUUAGCUUCCACUAGUCCUAGGGCCCUUGAGGUUAACGGCAUCAUGAACUUGACCAAGUACCAGGACACUUGGCUGCAAGUGGAUCUUCCAGCAAGACAAUAACCCCAAUCAGCAAUCAAAAUCUACAAAUAAAAUGGUUAACUGACCACAAAAAAAAUCAACAUUUUGCAAUGGCCAUCACAGUAUCUGUACUAGAAACCCCAUUGAAAACCCGUGGUUUGAACUGAAUAGGACAGUCCAUAAGAGCAGAUCUAAGGAUAUCAAGGAUCUGGAAAGAUACCGUAUGGAGGAAUGGUCUAAGAUCCCUCCCAAUGUUUCCUUCAAUCUCAUAGAACAUUUGAGAAAAAAGUAUGUCAUUAUCCUCACAAGGGGAGGGUGUUGGCUUAUUGAAAACAGGGGUUCCAAUCAUUUUGAAUUAAUCAUCCGAUCAAUUGUAUUAGUAUAAAAUCAUUUCCCAAUUGUUUUAGCAUACAAUUGGGAAAUGAUUUUAUACUAAUACAAUUGAUAUGUAUUAAUGCAUUAUUGUAUUACUUAUUUCAUACAGUCUUCCCCCCUCAUCAAGAGUGCAAGUAAUUAUGGACCCGACUAUACAUGUAGAAAGAGCAGUCUCUGCCCCUGGACUUAAGGAUCCAAUACUUGUUUUUAAAAAAAAUUAAAAAAAUAGUACUUCAAGUGUAAUUGUUCAAUCUAAAGCAAGUUCAUCUGAGAGCUCAUCACAGAAUUGUUGGCUAACAAACAAACAGUCAAUAUAGUAGUUUCAGCAGUGGGUCAUCUCUGCUCUGAGAGGAAGUCCUUCAGUAAGUGUGAUCUGUAUGCAUGUUGUUGAGAGCCUGAAGUGUGUUAAGUAUGAGUGAAAAGACUGAGUGCUGAGAAUCUCGAUUUUCAGCCAUUUUGCUUAAAGGUAAUUGACCUUGAGUGCUAGUUGACAAUCAUCACCAACACCAUUGUAAAGUAUUGUGUGAUAUGUUUCCCGUUGAACAUGUAAAAUAGAGACACUAAAGUAAAUAAUGUUAAUAUGCAGUACUUCUUAAAAAACUAGACAUUUGUGAAGAUUUCUAUAUAUUUUUUUCCUCUCAACAUGGUCUGAGGAUGCUUGUGUACAGUUAAUUUAUAAAUUAAUAAAGCGAGAGUUUAACAACGCUGAUCAGAACUCCUUCCAUGGAGUGGCAGUGAGAUUGAUGCUUUGCCUUUAAAGGGGCAAUCCAAGGAUUGAAAAACAAAAGCGGUCACAGCGCCACUUAUUUUGGUAAACAUCUGGGCAUGUUAUAUUUGUCAAUAAAUCAACAGCUGUAUAUGAUUUAACCAAAUUAAACGGAUGUACCAAUCUCGGUUUGCCCCUUUAAAAAGGUGGGAAAAAAAUGUCCAUCCGAGAGAAUAGAGGUUUUAUGCAUCUAGUGAAAGUUAGCGAAUAAGAAAUGUCUAAAUGUGGUAUACUGUAUCGUCAUCAUCCACCAAGCUGUAUUCUCCUGUGCUGUGUGAGACAUUUACAAUCCAAACAAAAACAUGAGUCAUAAGCUUUGGCUUACAUUUCUACUGUUAUAGCAAAUUCAUCUACGGUAAAGAUUUGUUUCUAACUACAUAUUCUUAUUUUCAUAUCAACCAAAAUAUAGCCAUAAAAAUAAACAGAUUUCUUCAUGGCAGAGUCAGUUGUAGAUAUUUAUACAGAUUCCAUUACUGUAAAACGAUAGUACAGGUCAUUAAAUGGUUAGGAUGCUACAGCCCGUCCUCACCUCACCAAACAAAUAUAAAAACAAAACAAAACAGAACAUUUGUAAAGGACAGAUCCAUAGAGGUGACAUUCUUUAAGUAUCAACACAUCUUCUGAAUACAGCAGAGUUGGUGAAAAAUAAAAAUAUAAGUUUAGGUUUCUGAGAAUAUAAAAGCAAAAUAAA